GCGAGCCGGGGCCGGGCCGGGGGCCCUGCCCCCAGCGUCCUUGUGCAGCCCCUUCCCUGCGAGCGAGGAGCGGGAGCGGGAGCGGGGCCCGGGCGCGCGGGUCCGUUCGGAACCAUGAACCGGAGCUUCCACCGCUCCCAGAGCCUGCGCUUGGACGACGGCGGCGCUGUGGAAGUCAAGAGCAAGUUUGGGGCUGAAUUCCGAAGGUUCUCCUGGGACCGUCACAAGCCUGGGAAGUUCGAAGACUUCUACAAGCUGGUGGUACACACACACCACAUCUCCAACACUGACGUGACCAUUGGCUAUGCGGAUGUGCACGGCGACCUGCUCCCCAUCAACAAUGAUGACAACUUCUGCAAGGCCGUCUCGAGUGCAAACCCACUGCUCAGGGUCUUCAUCCAGAAACGAGAGGAGGCCGAGAGCGGGGUCUUCGCGGCGGGCGGCUCGCUGUCCCGGCGGCGGCGCGCGCUGGCACUGCGGGAGGAGGCGCCGCGCCGCCAGCUGCACAUCGGGCUGCCGCGCGACUUCCGGCCCGUGUCGUCCAUCAUCGACGUGGACCUGCUGCCCGAGACGCACCGGCGCGUGCGGCUGUAUCGGCACGGCUGCCCGCGGCCGCUGGGCUUCUACAUCCGCGACGGCGCGAGCGUGCGCGUGGCGCCGCAGGGCCUGGAGAAGGUGCCGGGCAUCUUCAUCUCGCGCCUGGUGCCCGGCGGGCUGGCCGAGAGCACGGGGCUGCUGGCCGUGGACGACGAGGUGCUGGAGGUGAACGGCAUCGAGGUGGCGGGCAAGACGCUGGACCAGGUCACGGACAUGAUGAUCGCCAACAGCCACAACCUCAUCGUCACCGUCAAGCCGGCCAACCAGCGCAACAACGUGGUGCGCGCGCGGGGCUCGGGGGGCUCGGCCCGCUCCGGCUCCUCCUCCGACGGCCGCCUCAGCCUGCCCGCGCCCGCCGCCUCCGCGCCCGCCGAGGACCCCGAGAGCGACGACGAGCCCGACGUGGUGCUGGAGGGCGCGCUGGGGCCGCGGGCGGGCCUGGCGCUCAACGGGCUGGCGGGCUCGGGGCGCGCGGGCGGACCCGGCCCUGGCCACGGCACCAGCGUCCAGCGGCUGCUCAGCUCGCUGCGCGCCGACCCCCGGCACAGCCUGGCACUGCCGCCCGGGGACGUGGAGGAGCACGGCCCGGCCGUCACGCUCUAG